CUGUUGCCAGGUGUGUGAUGACUUCAUUGUCAGAAACUGCAUCAUGGCGUCGGUCAUGAACAGCUGUCUCAAUACUCGCGCUGAUGGUUUCUCGACAUUUAUUGAGGAAAUCAUCAUAUUCUAGAGGGCGCCCUUGGUUGCAAUGUCGACGGUCCCAAAGUAAGUCAGGGUCCUGCUCAUCAAGAACUUGUUCAAGACGGCGGUCUACUUCAGCUUCUUGUAAAGUUUCUGCUGCAGAGCAGUCACCUUUUUUCAAAGAAAACAUGAAACAUGAAAUAAUAGUAAACGAAAAAAUAUACGAUUGUUUGAGUCAUUCUACAAUCCAUCACUGUCAAAGUUGCCGGAAAAAUGUAAUUCAAUGAAUUUUAUCUGCACUAUUUUAAUAUAUUGCACUAUUUAACUAUUUACAGAUCAUCUAAUGACAUCAUAUCCAGCAACUUUAAGUUGACAAAAUUGAUAAAAGAUGAGGUUUUUACUGCAAACAUACCAUAGCAAAAAAUAUAAUUGGUGUUUGGGGCACGUUAAAGUAUCUAAGUAGAGAAAAAACAUAGCAUUUUCUUUUAUUUAAUAUAUCCAGACACAGUUUCUGGUGUAAUAGGGUCAGGGUGUGUAUUUCGGACAGGUAAAACAUGAAGUACAUGUCCCUGCUAACACCCUGAGAAAGGCACAAGUAUGUAAUAAAAAGCAUUGGAUCCGAAUUUAUAAACAGAGAUACUGAAAGAAAAAGUUCUUUAAGUCGAUUAAAUUAAACAAACCUGUCAAGGUCCGGUAGGCAUACCGCAAAACUGCUUUGUUAGCAACAAGUCCAAACAACUGGACAAAUUCCCGUCUCAUUGCUCUUGAGUGGAACUUUUUAAUAUCUUGAUGUAUCUGUGUAGCAACAUCAUGGGCUUUGUUGAUAGCUUCCUCUACUGUCAAGCUGUCAUCGAUUCUGCACAAAAAAUGUAAAGUUCGUGCCCCACUGGUUUCUGCGAUCAUCAGGGCUCUCAUUGGCAGCUUCAGGUUUGUGACGAACAUAUACCUCUUUUUUCUAUCUGUUGGGGCGUAUUCAUCAAUGAAUAUGCACUUCCAUAGUUCUUUUUCCAUCAAAACUCUUACUACAUCUCUAUAUAUUUCAAUUUCCUCUUCCGACUUUUCAAUCACUUUCAGGUACCUAUCUUUCUUCACAACCAUCGACGACCUGUUUUCCUUGACCUAGAAGAAAAUAACAGAAUUACUUUUAGAAAUUAACAGCUUAGUAAAUUAACAUGUUUUAUCCAUUCAAAAAGGAAAUAUUUGCUGUAAAACCAUAACGACUGAGCUGGGCUUUAAUAUUUGUUUCCAGAAAAAUUUUACUCACCCUUUUCGCUUGUGAUCGCAAGUACGUGCAGUAGUUUGACAUGGAGUUGGCAAGAAUGGCAAUUGUGUCACGGAUUUUUUUCCAGAUGGACUUCUUCAUAUAUGGAGCCGAUAGAAUGUCGAAUAGCCUCUGGCUAUAUUCCCUCAAUUUCUCUUCAGACAUGCGCGAUUCAUCAAUCGGUCGUUUCUUGGCUUCUACAUCUUUUCGUAAUCCAGAAAAUCGUUGCUUAAACACUAAUGGAAUGGAACAGCCCCUAGAUUCCAGUGUUGCAUGAUUUUUGUCUAUGUGCCAAAGAGCAUCACUUAAUCCAUUCACAAAGGACCAUGCAUCAGUUUGGUUGUCCGGUGUCCAUCCCAGGCCCUCUUCCUCAAUCCAGUCAAAGAUUGUGUUUUUCAACUUGACAAGUCCAGGAAACUUUUUGCUAUUUAUUCGUGGAGGAACAAUUAACUCCGACCUGGCAUUCAUAAGAAAACUUGUGACAUUGGGUUCAGUGUUUUGUACUUGAGUACUAUCGACCAUGUUGCUGUUGUUUGAAAGAUCUGACAACAUAAAUCGAACAUAGUUGUUAGGCGAAAUGUCCAAGACAGUUGCUGAUUUUGAAACACUGGUUAGAUCGUCCUUUGACUUCCCAACGGAGACGGUUAACAGCUUUCCCCCUCCAACUUCGUCUUCAUCUAAAGGUUGAUGACAUUCGUCCAGCUCACCAGCAGCAAAUGCAUUAAAAAGUGCGAGUAAACUGAUGUUUAUGUCCUCUAUCUUUGCGCCAUACCAGUCUCUGAGGAGAGUAACGCGUCCCUUUUUUGCUAUAGUGCAAAAUAUAAGCGGCAUACCAAAAAAUCACUGAAAUAUUUCUACCAUAUCAGUGAUAUUUAAUAUUAAUCAGUGAUAUUUUUACUGAUGUGCUGUUGCGAAGGCCGCCAUUUUGAUAUCAGAACCUUGUAACCAGGCCCACGUGCUCCUAGCCUGCGUGGCAGGCCCUCAAUUUUAUGGGGGGCCUGGUUUGCAGCGGGUAGGAUUUUGGCGGAAAUUCAAAUAUUAAAUUAUAAAACAGUUUUGAAUUAAACUGUAAAACCAAGAGAUUUCCAUUAAAAAAAAAAAAAAAUUCAGAGGCGGCAAAAAUCGAGAGGCGGGCGGUGACGCUAACCAAGUAUUUUUUUUUAUUUGGCCUUAACACCUUGGAUGACAAGAGGGCUAUUAACCUGUGUUAGGAAAAAGAAUAAACUCUAUAAAAAGUUCAUUAUUUCACGAAGUCCUGUCAAAGAAAGACAAUACAAAAAAUACAAAAACAAGCUUACGCAUUUGAUUAAGAUUGCUAAGAAAACAUAUUAUGAGAAUAAAUUUGAAACUGCAAAAAACGAUCACAAAACAACUUGGAAGCUAAUAAACGAAGUAAUUAAUAAACGUAGAACAAAAACCUUACUGCCUUCCUCGUUUAUAUCAAAUAACACCCUUCUCUCUGAUCCUAAAGAUAUUGCUAACAGGUUUUGCAAAUAUUUCGCUAACAUUGGUCCUGAUCUUGCAAGUAAGAUUCCUGAGACUUCAAACUCUUUUCUUUCUUACCUAAAUUCAAAUAGCGAAGAAUCUAUUUCACUUCAUCCAACAAAUGUAAUUGAGCUUUUAGAAAUCUGUAACUCUUUUAAAACAGCUAAAGCUCCUGGUUAUGAUAAUCUAUCCAUGUAUGUAAUCAAAAAAUCUAUUGACCUAAUAGUACAACCUCUUGUUAAUAUUAUAAAUCUUUCUUUAUCCAAAGGGGUCUUUCCAAGUAAACUAAAGAUCGCUAAAAUUAUACCAAUUUUUAAAACUGGAAAUCAAAGUUUCUUUACAAACUAUAGACCUAUAUCACUCCUGACAAACUUUUCAAAGUUAUUUGAAAAAGUUAUGCAAAUCAGGUUAACAUCAUUCAUUGAGCAAUGUGAAAUUUUGUAUAGAUUUCAGUUUGGUUUUCGUAGUAACCACUCUACUAUGCAUUCACUUGUUUCUCUAAUAAAUAACGUUGCCACGGCCAUUGAUCAGAACCAGAUAGCUGCUGGAGUGUUCAUUGAUCUUUCAAAAGCUUUUGAUACUUUAGAUCAUGAAAUAUUAUUUACUAAAUUACAACAUUAUGGUAUAAGAGGCGUUGCACUACAAUGGAUCAAGAGCUAUUUCUGCAAUCGUGAACAAUUUGUUCAAUAUAAUGAAACCUGUUCCUCCAUGGAAAAAUUAAAAUCUGGAGUUCCGCAAGGUUCUAUUUUAGGCCCAUUCUUUUUUAUUUUAUAUAUCAAUGAUCAACCGAAUGCAUUAGAACUGUCAAAAUCUUAUCUUUUUGCUGAUGACACUAGUAUAUAUUAUUCAAAUUCGGAUAUCAAGCAACUUGAAUUUGUUUUGAACAGUGAACUUCGAAAGCUGGAUAUCUGGAUGAAGUCAAAUAAAUUGUCUGUGAACAUCAGUAAAACAUGCAAACUAUAUCAUUUUUCGGCCGAGACAAAAGAAAAUUAAUUUAAAUCUAGUUAUCCAAUAUAACAAUCAAAUGAUCACCCAAAAACAAUGCAUAAAAUUUUUAGGAGUAUAUAUAGACGAACAUUUGUCAUGGAAGGAAAAUAUUAAUUAUAUUUGCAAUAAAAUCGCCAAGUCUGUUGGAAUUAUUUACCGAUCACGAUAUCUACUGUCAUCCGCAACAAGAUUAUCCUUGUACUACACACUUAUAUAUCCCUAUCUUACUUAUUGUAAUAUUGUAUGGUCUUCCACUUAUGUAACCAACCUCAAUAGAAUUCUCCUUUUACAAAAACGAGCUGCACGUAUUCUUACAAAUUCCGAAUACCGUGCACACUCUGAUCCACUUUUUAAACAACUCAAAAUAUUGGAUAUAUUUAAGCUAAAUACAUUUCACAUUGGCAAGUUUAUGUUUUUAUAUCAUCAUUGCAUGUUGCCAACAUGCUUUGAUAAUCUGUUUACAAUAAACAAUCAAAUACAUGGUUAUAACACCAGAUCUGCCGGUAACUUUUGAUCUCAUGCUUGUCGAACUAAUAUUAAGCAGUUCACCAUCUUAUACUCAGGACCGAAUAUUUGGAAUUCUUUACCUACAAAUAUAACUGCGAUAAACACAAUCUCGUCUUUCAAGAUGCAACUUC